GCCACCUACCUGCAGAGCUCAGCAGCAGCCAUGGCGGCAGAGGGGGCGCCGCUGGUGAGCGCAGUCACCGUCUACUCCCUGGCAGCCUGCGCUGCCCAGCUGGCACUGGGGUAUGCGUUAGCGCAGCGUCUGGGGAAGAGGUGCUCCGGCACUGACAGAUGGGUGCUGGUCUGGCUUUUCUACGAUGCCAUUGUGCACUUCACUCUGGAGGGGCCCUUCGUAUACCUUUCCCUAGUGGGGACAGUUGCCACGUCCGAGGGGGCACUGGCUUCUCUGUGGAAGGAAUAUGGGAAAGCAGAUGAGCGCUGGCUUCAUUCGGACCCCACAAUUGUAUCUCUGGAGAUCCUCACAGUUGUUGUAGAUGGGCUGUUGGCUGUGCUGUUGGCAUAUGCCAUCAUAAAGGAUAAGUACUACAGGCAUUUCCUUCAAAUCACGCUGUGUGUAUGUGAGUUGUAUGGAGGAUGGAUGACGUUUUGUCCAGACUGGUUAGUUGGAAGCCCAAGUCUUAACACCUCCAACGUUCUCUAUAUGUGGGUUUAUUUAGUGUUCUUCAAUGGCAUUUGGGUUGUAGUUCCUGGACUUUUACUGUGGCAGUCCUGGCUGGAGCUUAAAAAAGUUCAUGGUGGCAGAAGACCAGCUGGAAAAAAGUCACGAUAAGGCUACAUCCACACGACCGUAUCCGUUUUGCAGUUCUGGGAUCAGCAAAAUGCAGAUACCAGCUGUGUGCAGACCCCAUCACCCAAAUACCUAGUUUUGUCUGCAAAACAGACAAGAAUAGGACAUGUUCUAGAAUUAGAAUUUGCAGAACAGCUGCAUGGAUGUGGGCAGCACAUGGAUGACAUCUAUGUGCUGUCUGCAUUUUUUGCAGCCCCAUAGAAAUGAAUGGGUCCGCUUGCGAUCCGUAAAAAAUGCAGAUUGGACACGGACUAAAAACGCAGUUGUGUGAAUGUAGGUUAAGAAUAUGGUUUGAAUCAUUUUAAUUAUGGCAGCAUUGAAAGAUCCUUUGUGACACAUUGCUUCCUUUUUUUUUUUAAUUGAUGUAAUUUAAUAUUUUUUAUAAACACUUUCAUUUAACACA